AUGUCGAUGACUACUACCUCUCCUCUAACGCCACCGUCAGUUAACACCGUUGGCAGUUCGCAAACUCUUCUAACCGAGGCACAGGAGUAUCUCCCCGACGUUGACCAUGCCGUCUUCAAGCACUUCCGCAUCAUCAAGAGGGUCGAGGGAAAAGCUCAGCAGUACGAGUGCAAGUUCUGCAGCAACGUCUACACUGGUGCUGCCAUCCGAUGCGCGCAACAGUUCACGUCGUGGAAGGGGAUGAAACGCCGUGAAGUGGUGCUUUGCAAGGAUGCGCCACAAGAUGUGCGCUUGGCCAUGCGCGCGAAAUACGAGGCAAAGGCUGCUGCGGCCGAAGAGAAGAGGCGGGCAGCAGCUGAAGCGGUUGCCGCGGUCAAGGCUAAUGGUGUGAAGCGGGCGCGCAUCACCGAUUACCUUGAUGGGGAUGCGGCCGCAAGAAAGAGAGAAGCGGACGAGGCACUUGCGCUUGCUUGGGCCGCCCUCCAUAUCCCCGAGCACCACAUUGACCAUCCUCUGAUGGUCAAUGCAUUGAACCUCGUCAAGCGCGCCGGCGUCGACUACGUCCCUCCCAAGAGGAAAUACAUCGGCGGUGCUGGCCUUCUCUCGUGUCGCAAGGGAAUCGAGCAGGGUUUGGUGGGCAUUAAGGCGAGCUGGAAGAGGACGGGCGUGACGGUUUCGUCCGACAUGAUGACGGACCGCAACGGCAGGCCGCAGGCCAACGUGCUUCUCGUAAACGAUUCCGGCGCCGUCUUCACCGACUGUAUUGACUGCAACAUGGAGAGGAAAACCGGAGGUUACGUGGCGGGAAUUCUUAGGCCCGUGGUGGAGGAAGUGGGUCCAGAAAACGUUGUUGCGUUCUGCAUGGACGGGGGGUCGAACUAUGCGGUGGCGGUGAAGCAGCUCUUACAGGAGUGGCCGCACAUUCAGGAUGUGCCGUGCGCCACUCACGUAUUGGAUCUUCUCAUGGAAGAUGUCGGGAAGAUGGGAUGGGCUAAGCCGGUGGUCGACAAGGGAGGGGAGAUAUCUAGCUUCGUCCGCAACCACCACUGGACCCGAGGGUACCUGCGGAAGCCGGAAUCGGUGGAGGGGAAAGUUCUGCAGGCGCUGAAGCCGGCUGGAACCCGAUUCGGGACCAACUACAUAGCCAUAUCCCGGCUAUGUGCGAUGCGCGGCAGCCUUACCAACAUGGUGACGAGCGAGGGUUGGAAGGAGUGGGCGGUAGGGGACCGGAAGAAAUCGUGUGACGGGUUCAGUGCACUGAUCCAUGAUGCCGCCUGGUGGAAGACGGCCGAGUUCUUCGUCGCACUGCUGAAGCUGCCCUUUAAGGUGAUGAGGCAGACGGACGGGCAUGCCGUGGGGAUGAUGGGGAGGCUGUACGAUUUGAUGCUGCAGUUGACUGAGGACGUGGGGGGCUUGCUCGAUGCGGACGAGGAGCAGCUGAGCGACGGGGACAAGGACAAGAUCCGCCGCAUCCUCAGAGACCGCUGGGACGGCAGCCUCGCAUGCGCCAUGCAUGUCGCUGGCCGCAUCCUCAACCCCGCGAAUCAGGAGGAAGAUAUUUUCGGCACUGAUCCCGAGUGCACGAAAGUCUUCAAGGCGUUCAUCAGCCAGCAGGCCGAGUUCCUUGCGAGCCGCGGGGAUGGAGGGGAUGACGCGUGCGACAUCUUGCUUGAGCUGGGGGACGGGCUGAGGGCGUUCCUUGACAUGAAGGGUUCUUUUGGGAUGCCGGAAGCCGUGGCACAGAGGAAGCUGGUGAAAGAGGGAAAGUAUAGCAUGGUGAAGUGGUGGCAGUGGAAUGGGACUGAUGCCCCUCGAGUGGCGGGGCUCACGGUACGGGUUCUGUCUCAGGCCGUCUGGCACACGCGCGUUGAUGUCUUGCCACAUGUGGUGCCCGGGAUUGGAGCGGAGCCUCCAAUCCCGGCGGGAUACAAUGGGCUGGAAGACGAGACGAAGGGAGAGGAUGAGGAGGAAGGCGAAGACGACAUCCUCGAAGACGAGUACGCUAACUAG